AUGGUCCCCAAUGGUGUGACGCACCAGGUCGUGUCAGAUGACACAGAAGGGGUCGCCGCAAUCCUUGACUGGUUGUCCUUUGUGCCCAAAGUGGCCUCGGCCAACCCGCCGCUCCUGGACCCUGUGGAUCCGGUCUCGCGCGAUGUCACCUUUGUUCCCUCCAAGACGCCCUACGACCCACGACACAUGCUGGAAGGUGUAACUACACCAGAGGGCAGCAAGCUCACAGGAUUCUUCGAUGCGGGCACGUUUAGGGAGUACUUGGCUGGCUGGGGGCGAAGCGUCAUCGUGGGCAGGGGCAAGCUCGGUGGCAUUCCCAUGGGCGUCAUUGCAGUGGAGACACGCAACGUGGACCGCCGGAUCCCGGCGGAUCCCGCUAACCCUGCCAGCCAAGAAGUUGUCGAGCCACAGGCGGGUCAAGUAUGGUUUCCAGACAGUGCCUUCAAGACAGCAACAGCUAUCCGCGACUUCAACCGUGGGGAGAACCUCCCCUUGAUCAUCUUCGCGAAUUGGCGUGGCUUCUCCGGUGGCACCCGCGACAUGUACCAGGAAGUAUUAAAGUUUGGGGCGCAGAUCGUGGAUGCGCUCGUUGAGUACAAGAGCCCGGUUUUUGUGUACAUUCCUCCAGGGGGAGAGCUGCGUGGUGGAUCGUGGGUCGUCAUCGACCCGACCAUCAAUCCGGAGCAGAUGGAGAUGUAUGCCGAUGUUGAUUCUCGAGGCGGCAUUCUUGAGCCACCCGGAAUCGUGGAGGUGAAAUUCCGCGCAGCUCAGCAGAAGGAGCUGAUGCAUCGACUAGAUCCCGAGCUUCGGAAGUAUGAUGCAUUGCUUGAGGAGUCUUCAUCCUCGGAGGUCGGCAGUGCAGCGCAAGACAUCGAGGCGCAGAUCAAAGCCCGCGAGGACAAGCUUCAGCCCCUCUACACUCAGAUCGCUUGCGAGUUUGCCGACCUGCACGAUCGCACCGGGCGCAUGGAAGCCAAAGGUGUGAUUCGCAAGGGACUGGAAUGGCGGCGCUCCCGGGAGUUCUUCUACUGGAGGGUCAGAUGCCGGUUGCUGCUGAAGGAAAUGGAGCACCGAAUCCGCGAAGCCGAUGCAGACCUGUCCUCCAAGGAGGCUCAGGAGCUUUUGUCCUCGUGGCUUUCCGAGGCUGGCGCGGACCAGGAGGAUGAGAAAGCCGUAAGCUUCUUGGAAGGCGAUCCCUUCGCCUCCCAGUCGCAACGAGCACGAAUUCGGACGCGUCAUUCAUGCAUUGCUUGCAUGUAUGUAUGUAUGUAUGUAUGUAUGCAUGCAUGCAUGCAUGCAUGCAUCUAUCUGUGUGUAUGUAUGUAG